AUGGAGGCCAAGCUUCUGACCAGAGCUUGCUUUCCGCCUGCAAUUGCAGCUCCUCCGACUACAGAUGCCUUCAAGUUUUCCAGCCCACUUUGCCGCCGUCUCUCUCUUGGGACACGAAGGGUUUCAGUUUCCUCAUCAAGUCCUGCCAAACAUCGCAUUUUCUGUGCCAACUCCUCAGCUGGUUUGGAGAAGAAGGAAAGGGUGGACGAAAGUGACACUCUGACACUAGAAAGCGUAAGGCUUUCCCUGAUUCGGCAAGAAGACAGUAUAAUAUACAACCUUUUGGAGAGAUCCCAAUACUGUUACAACGCGGAUACCUAUAAUCCCGAUGUUUUUUCCAUGAAUGAUUUUCAUGGUUCUCUAGUUGAAUACAUCCUUAAAGAAACUGAAAAGCUUCAUGCCAAGGUUGGUAGAUACAAAAGUCCCGACGAAUAUCCUUUCUUCCCCAAUGAUUUACCCGAACCAUUAUUGCCACCAAUGCAAUACCCCAAGGUAUUACAUAAAGUUGCUGAAUCAAUUAAUAUUAACAACACAGUGUGGGACAUGUACUUUAAAGAUCUACUUCCAAGAUUGGUGAAGCUAGGAAAUGAUGGAAAUUGUGGUUCUUCAGCAGUAUGUGACACAAUCUGCCUCCAGGCUCUUUCUAAAAGAAUUCAUUAUGGCAAAUUUGUAGCCGAGUCCAAAUUUCGAGCAAACCCAAGUGAAUAUAAAACUGCUAUUGAAGCUCAAGACAGGGAAGGGUUGAUGGCUUUGUUGACAUACCCAGAAGUGGAGGAGAGAGUAAAAGAGAGAGUCGAGAUGAAAGCCAGGACCUUUGCUCUAGAAGUGACAAUGAAAGAAGGCAAAGUUGAAUCUGAAACAGUAUACAAGAUUGAGCCACACUUGGUUGCUGAUCUCUAUGGGAGAUGGAUCAUGCCACUCACAAAGGAAGUCCAAGUUGAGUACUUAUUGAGAAGGUUGGAUUAG